AUGUCGACUUCCUCGAAGAGACAGGGAGGAGCUCCGGACGAACGUGUCAAACGACUUCGAGUCGACGCCGACCCAGCAACACCAUCGGGCUCCGCGGGUCCUAGCGAAACCCCACACGGUUCGGAUGAUGAAGAAGAUGAGAAUUUGGAUGCUGCCUUCAUAUCUGCCGGCGAAUCUGAGGAUGAACUGUCCAGACCCAGGAACAGAGGGAACGCAAACCCAGUCGAGCCUCAGACAAUGUUUGCCAACUUCGAACAAUCCAUCUCAGCAGAGCAGAACAUGAACUCUGAUGCACAUGGAGAGUUCAUCGCAACUGAUUUCCCUUCAGGGUGUGACUACCGCUACCUGGCCCUCAAGGCCGACCACACAUCUCGUCCACUUUACAUCUCUCCGAAUAUGGCUACACGGACGAUCAUCUUGGAAGCCUUUCAUCCUCUAGCCUCCCAAGCCCAAGACUUCCUCAUCACCAUAGCCGAGCCCGUCUCUCGCCCCUCCCACAUCCACGAAUACAAGCUGACGAAACACUCCUUGCAAGCUGCUAUCUCGGUUGGACUUCACACUGAAGAUAUCAUCGAUGUCCUCAAUCGUCUCAGCAAAGUUCGUGUAUCUGCCCAGCUUGCCGAGUUUAUUCGAGAAUCGACUGCCAGCUAUGGAAAAGUGAAAUUGGUACUCAAAAAGAACAGCUAUCAUGUCGAAAGCUCAGAUCCAGAAGUCCUCAGACGGUUGUUGCGUGAUAGUAUCAUCAGCCAAGCUCGAUUAACUGCUGAAGAAGCAACAGCCGCAGCCACUGGAAAAGAAGGUGCAACGGUCACCUUUGGCUUCAAUCAAGACUUGGCCCCUAAGAAGGGAGAUCUAGUAAUCCCUGGUACGAAACCUGCAAAUAGUAAUAAUACCCCGGGAGAAACGGGUACAGCGGCAGAGAAACCUAAGAAUGCAGAUGAUGAGCUGUUUGGUGCGAUUAUCGGGGUUGAUAAUGUCGACGAAAACGACGAUGACGAUGCUGUGCAUUCCUUCGAGGUCAAGGGAGCUGAAAUCGAAAACGUCAAACGACGAUGUGCAGAACUUGAUUAUCCAAUGCUGGAAGAGUAUGAUUUCCGCAAUGACACUGUCAAUCCAACCCUCGAGAUCGACUUAAAACCUGCCACUCAGAUCAGACCUUACCAAGAAAAGAGUCUAAGCAAAAUGUUUGGUAAUGGACGCGCGCGAUCCGGAAUCAUUGUCCUUCCUUGUGGAGCUGGGAAAACAUUGGUCGGGAUCACUGCAGCAUCUACCAUACGAAAAUCAGUUUUAUGCCUGUGUACAUCAGGAGUCUCCGUCAUGCAAUGGCGACAACAAUUCUUAAUGUGGAGUAACAUCCAGGACCGCCAAAUCUCAGUUUUCACCGCCGAUCAAAAGGAGAAGUUUGCCGGAGCGUCGGGAAUAGUCGUCUCGACAUAUUCGAUGGUUGCCAACCGGACUAAACGGUCACACGAUUCACAGAAGAUGAUGGAUUUCUUAACCUCGAGAGAGUGGGGCUUGAUCCUUUUGGAUGAAGUCCAUGUAGUACCGGCGGCAAUGUUCAGAAGGGUGGUCGGAACGAUAAAAGCUCAUGCUAAAUUAGGAUUGACUGCAACGCUGGUCCGAGAAGACGAUAAGAUUGACGACCUUAAUUUCUUGAUUGGACCCAAGCUAUACGAAGCAAAUUGGAUGGAUUUGGCUGCAAAAGGUCACAUCGCUAACGUCCAAUGUGCCGAAGUUUGGUGCCCCAUGACACCAGAGUUUUACCGAGAAUAUCUGCGAGAAAAAUCACGCAAGAAGAACCUACUUUAUUGUAUGAAUCCGCAAAAGUUUCAAGCGUGUCAGUUUUUAAUCAAGUACCAUGAAGAUAGAGGUGAUAAGAUCAUUGUAUUUUCAGAUAAUGUCUACGCGCUUGAGGCAUAUGCCAAAAAGUUACGAAAACUUUAUAUUCAUGGUGGGACACCUCAAGUUGAACGAAUGCGAAUCUUACAAAACUUUCAACACAACCCUCUCGUGAACACAAUCUUCUUAUCUAAAGUCGGAGACACUUCAAUCGAUUUGCCAGAAGCUACCUGUCUCAUUCAAAUAUCUUCCCAUUUUGGGUCUCGUCGACAAGAAGCCCAAAGGCUGGGGCGUAUUUUACGUGCAAAAAGGAGGAACGAUGAAGGGUUCAAUGCGUUUUUCUAUUCGUUGGUAUCCAGAGACACUCAAGAAUUCUAUUUUAGUACCAAGAGGCAACAAUUUUUGAUUGAUCAGGGGUAUGCUUUCAAAGUGAUCAGCCAUCUACAAGGUCUUGAAAACCUACCCGACCUAGUCUAUUCGAGCAAGGAAGAACAAAUCGAGCUGUUACAGUCAGUCUUAACGGCCAAUGAGAGUGACGCUGAGAUCGGCACAGAUGUUAAAAACUUUGGCGACGAACUACGUGGCCCGAACGAUCGAUCGGGCAAGAGGAUUGGCCAGUCUGGGGGCACUGGUCCAGGUGUUAAGAGAAUCGUCGGUAAUUUGAGCGCUCUUAGCGGUGGUCAAUCCAUGAGUUACAUUGAAAGGAAUAAAUCGGCUAAUAAACAGCUGGCUAAAGAACAAGCGAAAUCUCGAACCCGAAUAUUCUCCAAACGAGAUGAACUUGCCAAGAAGAAACGGAAAGAAAGAGAACAACAAGCAAGCGGUUCCUAA